GCGAUGUGCGCUUGGAUGCCCGUUUCUAUGGCUGAGUCAGGCCGACUGGGGGCUCGCUUGUUGCCCGCGAGCCAUGCAUGGGGGAUUGCAUCAGCCGAGCUGGCUAGCUCCCCUCCCCCAGCUUCACGCUUUAGUCUCCUCUAGGGGACUCACUGGAGGGAGUUCCCUGUGAACGCGAGGAAGCCAAAGUGCGCCAAGAUCCGCUUCCUCUUGCUUAGGGUGGAGAGCAGGAUGCACUGCAAAGUAGGCGCCCGUGUUCAGCAACUCGUUGCAGGAGAGACUUUCUUGCUUUGAGCCUACAACUAGGAAGUGGAAAGCAAAAACUGGAGAAAUAACGACUUAAUCCUUGGAACAAGCGUUCUUGUGGGUGGGGAAGAAAGCAAAAAAGCCGGUGCUCUUUGCUUUUUGAGGUGUGUGUGGAAAAGCAAGGCAGUCUCCAGUCUCUGGCUUGGCGCCUGGUUUUCCUGGGCCGCGCAUUGAUCUCCUCUCAAGUCGCUGGUGCUUCCUGGGCUUGAUUUACGCACCCUCCCGCAGCAUCAGCCAGCCUGCCCGCCUUGCUCUCGUUGCACCCCGCCCAGCUGCCAGGAUGAUGCAGAUCUGCGAGUCGUAUAACCAAAAACACUCCCUCUUCAAUGCCAUGAACCGCUUCAUUGGGGCCGUCAACAACAUGGACCAGACGGUGAUGGUGCCCAGCCUGCUUCGGGACGUGCCUCUCUUGAUGGAGGAGCUGGACUCGGGAGGCGGUUGUGGUGAAAGGGAGGCCCAGCUGACCCCCAACGGCGGUGCCUAUUGCUCCUGCAGAGACAUGUACAGCCACUACGUGCUGCUCAAGUCCAUUCGCAACGACAUCGAGUGGGGGGUGCUGCAGCAGGCGGGCGAGGAGGCGAGCAGCCGGAAGAAAGAGAAGCUGAACGGGGGCCCCGGCGCCGUGGACAUUAGCCGGGGGAUCCCGGAGGACGAGGAGGUGGAGGAGGAUCUAGAGAAGCAGUUCCAUUAUCAUUUGAGCGGACUGCAUACGGUGCUCUCCAAACUUACCCGCAAGGCCAACGUGCUCACCAACAGAUACAAGCAGGAGAUCGGAGUCAACAACUGGGGACACUGAACCAGGAAGGGGAAAUAAUGCGGUCUGCCUGCCUGCCUGCCUGCCUGCUGAAGUGUGAGAGUGAGGAGAGAGGGAAAUGGGCGUUUGGAAACGGCUAGGGGAGAAUGUCGGCAAGAGUGGACUCUAUGUAUGUGUGUGUCUUAAGAGAGAAACACAGGGCACACUGUGAUUUCAUAAGAAAAAUUGGCAGAGGAAGUGUUAACUGGGGUGAAUGCAAAACCGUGGUGGUCUGGGGUAGAAUGUGAAGAUGAGAGGGUGGAAGGGGACUGACUCUCAUGCUAGGCAUAUCGUUGUGUGAUGUUGCUGUUGGCAACUGUAAGCUUUCAGGAGCCAAGGUGAUGGAGUUUUGCCUGGGGUAGCAGGCACAGCCAGGCAGCCAAAUAUAAAGUUUCCGGAUUCUGAGGACUCGGAAUGAUGUACAGUGGCUCAGGCCAGUUACUGAUAGAGUAUGUUUGUUUUCACUGGAAAACUUUGUGUGUGUGUGUGUGUGUGUGGUGACUGUAGUAGUGGCGAUUGCAUUACUUCUUUCCUAUUUUGCACUACUUUUGUAACACCAAUAUAUAUGUAUAUAAAGUCUAAGAACCUUCUUUGCAUGCUCUUAGAACUGCAGCAAUCUUAUUUUUUACCAACGCACAAAGAUGUACAUUCAUCAAUUCUACUAACUAUUUUUUACAGGCAGGGUAAACAGAUAUUGUUCCCCUUUAAACAAAGCCACUUACCUUUCCAUAUAAUGUAUGAGCUGGUUGACAUGAGGCUGCAAAUAAGUGACUUAAGAACUAUUUAUAUUCUGUUGCAGAGGAUGAAACCAGUUAACUAAUAUGCAUCAAUAUUUCAGUGGAAAGAUAAAUGUUCCCAUUGUUGUACAUGCAUUGAAGACUAUUUAAAACUUUUUUAUCCAGAUGUAGAGUAUAUUCUAAAAUAAAUAAGCAAAUAUAUUGACUAAAA